AGACCCAGACUAACCUCGCGGCGGCGGCGGCGGCGGCGGCCGCAGCAACAGGCGGCUGGCUCGGCUUGGGGCGGAGGCGGCGGAGGGGCGGGGAGGCGAGGAGCAGCGCAGCCAGCCCGCGCCGCCGCUGCAUGGACGAGCAUCUCAGCCUCCCGCGCUCGCCGCCGCCGCCGCCGCCCUCCGCCCGCCGAGGCGCCCACCCUCCUCAGGACCCUGAGAGCGGCGUUGGCGGCGGCGGCGGCUCCCACAGCCUCGUGAGCCCCGACUGCGCCGAGCCCGCCGCGGGCCCCGAGCUGCCGCCCGACAUGACGGUGGUGCCCGAGGACCACCUGCCGGAGCCGGAGGCGGCCGACGACGGCGGCGGGGACCCGCCUCAGGGCUGCUGCGGCGGCGGCGGCGGCGGUGGCGGCGGCUGCGAGCGCUACGAGCCGCUGCCGCCCGCGCUGCCGGCCGCCGAGCAGGACUGCUGCGGGGAGCGCGUGGUGAUCAACAUCUCGGGACUGCGCUUCGAGACGCAGCUCAAGACCCUCUGCCAGUUCCCCGAGACGCUGCUGGGCGACCCCAAGCGGCGCAUGCGGUAUUUCGACCCGCUCCGCAACGAGUACUUCUUCGACCGCAACCGGCCCAGCUUCGACGCCAUCCUCUACUACUACCAGUCCGGGGGGCGCAUCCGCCGGCCCGUCAACGUGCCCAUCGACAUCUUCUCCGAGGAGAUCCGCUUCUACCAGCUGGGCGAGGAGGCCAUGGAGAAGUUCCGGGAGGACGAGGGCUUCCUGCGCGAGGAGGAGCGGCCGCUGCCCCGCCGCGACUUCCAGCGCCAGGUGUGGCUGCUGUUCGAGUACCCCGAGAGCUCGGGGCCGGCGCGGGGCAUCGCCAUCGUGUCGGUGCUUGUCAUCCUCAUCUCCAUCGUCAUCUUCUGCCUGGAGACCCUGCCCGAGUUCCGCGACGACAAGGACUACCCCGCCUCGACGGCGCAGGAGCAGCCCGAGGCGGCGAGCAACAGCACGUCGGGGACCCCGGCCGGGAGCUCCAGCUUCUCGGACCCCUUCUUCGUGGUGGAGACCCUGUGCAUCAUCUGGUUCUCCUUUGAGUUGCUGGUGCGGUUCUUCGCCUGCCCCAGCAAAGCUACUUUCUCCAGAAACAUCAUGAACCUGAUUGACAUCGUGGCCAUCAUCCCUUACUUCAUCACCCUGGGCACUGAGUUGGCCGAGCGGCAGGGCAAUGGACAGCAGGCCAUGUCCCUGGCCAUCCUGAGGGUCAUCCGGCUGGUGCGCGUCUUCCGCAUCUUCAAGCUCUCCCGCCACUCCAAGGGGCUGCAGAUCCUGGGGCAGACGCUCAAGGCCUCCAUGCGGGAGCUGGGGCUGCUCAUCUUCUUCCUCUUCAUCGGGGUCAUCCUCUUCUCCAGCGCUGUCUACUUCGCCGAGGCAGACGACCCCACUUCGGGUUUCAGUAGCAUCCCGGAUGCUUUCUGGUGGGCAGUGGUAACCAUGACGACGGUAGGUUAUGGUGAUAUGCACCCAGUGACCAUAGGAGGCAAGAUCGUGGGGUCCCUUUGUGCCAUCGCAGGUGUCCUGACCAUUGCUCUGCCAGUCCCAGUGAUUGUUUCCAACUUCAAUUACUUCUACCACCGGGAAACAGAAGGGGAAGAGCAAGCCCAGUACAUGCAUGUGGGAAGUUGCCAGCACCUGUCCUCUUCAGCUGAGGAGCUACGCAAAGCAAGGAGUAACUCUACUCUGAGUAAGUCGGAGUACAUGGUGAUCGAAGAGGCGGGUAUGAACCAUAGCACCUUCCCUCAGAUCCCAUUCAAAACGGGCAACUCCACUGCCACCUGCACCACGAACAAUAAUCCCAACUCGUGUGUCAACAUGAAAAAGAUAUUUACCGAUGUUUAGAAUAUGGUACAAGUGAAUGCUGUGCUCAGUAUUGUGUGGAACGUGCCCCCUUGGUCUGUGUAUGCCCUUGUUUUAUACGUUUCCAGACCAUUCAUCUAGGAAAGGACAGGAAGAAGUGGGAAGCACAAACUUCAUUCACCCUCUCCCUACUGCUUCAUACUGAAACAGGUGUCUGUUAUGCAAGUGGGCUGCAUUCUCUCAGCUCUCCUCCCCACCUUCUUCUUAAUAUUGCAAACAACAGACUUUAAACUUGAUUUCUAGUACACACCCUAUGAAAAAAAACUACAUCCUGGGAGGAAAUGAAACUAAAGAACAGUUAGAGUAACUGUUUAACCUCAAAAUCAAAAGGCAUUUGUUUCUUUACUAAGUAAAGCAGGAACAUAUACUUAAACAAUGCUUAAGUUUGAUGAACACUUCCAGCAUUUUUGAAUAUUUAGUUCUAUUGCCUACACUGUGGAUAUGUGGAUGAAAAGUCCAAUUAGAAAAAUGACUUGUAAACCCACCAGAAAAUUACUUGCUCUUUGACUGGGGAUUUUAUUUGGAACUCUCUUCUCAGAAUUUUCAAGAUGUCUACAACUUUGAACAAAGGGAAAUGCCCAAAAUGUCCUGAUAUGACUAAUUUGUUGAACUCAUUGGGACUUGGUAAGCAUUUCAAAAGUACUAGACUUAACAAAAAAAUUCUUGUGAAGUUCUGUGUGUUAUGUUUCAGCCAUCUAUCAAAGCGUAGAAGCUGAGGCUUUCAGUGCAGAGAGAAACAAACAAACAACAACAACAGCAAAAUCCUAAUGCAUCUGAGAGAGAAGCUUCUGCAGUAUCACAAGAAGAUUAAAGUGGCAGACACUCCUUACAGCGGAAGUUACUAAUUUGGACCUGACUGAUGUAGUUUCCAUAGCAACCCAUGUUUCCUGGGAAACCCGAAAAGGGUUGUCAUGGCAUCUUUUGCUCUCUGGCCCCACCCCCUAGCCCCUGCUGUUUCCACAGUAACCUUUCCAGAUGCUUCCUAUAUGAUUUCAUAAGGAAAACCACUAUUUGAAUAAACCGCAUAAAUAAAGUAAGAAUCCACUAUGGUGAAAUGAGUCACAGAUGCCUAGCUUUUUUUUUUUUUUCAUCAUCAUCUCAUAAUGACUGAGUGGAGAAGGAAAAUAUCAUCUUUGGAAUGUUUGAUAUACUCCACAAUAUGGCAUGAUUUGUGUUAAAUGCCAGUAAUUAGACAAUAAUAUUUAAGGAUGCAUCUCUACUGUUUUCUUUCUCCAAGAAAUUCCAAGGCAACAAAUGAAAUUUGAGGACAAAGUGUUAUGUACAUAAGCAGAUGAGAGUGUCAAAACAGUGUACCUGAAACCUUACUACAAGGGACCUUCAGACUUCCUCUUAAAAAAUAAAAUAAAACAACACUCAACAUCAAAGCACCUGAAAAGCUAAAUAAGCUUGAAAAAAAUUAAAGGAAGAACAUUUUUUAACUAAGGGUAUUUCAGACAAUCAAUAAAAAGGAGGGGCAGGAAGUAUCCAAAUUUUGGGGAAAUAUCUGCAAGUUUCAGCCAUUUGCCAGGGGUUGCCUGAAGACAGACAAUCAGAUACCUGAAGAAUCCCAUAAAAGAACGUUACAGCUGCGCUGGCCAGUAGGAGGAUCAUUUUUAAUUUGCCUAGAUAAAGAAGGCAGUUUGGUUUUGUUGCUGAUGAUGGUGACCCAUCUGCCAGCCAUAUUUUUGUUUCAGUUGACAUUAAACAACAUGUCUCUAACAAAUGUUUCAUAUAAUAUGGAAACAGCUGUGAAACUGGAGGAUUCUCUUCUAAUUGUGUGCAAUAUAAGAGAUUAAUCAAGAGAUAAAGAAGCACAUUAAAAAUAUUAAGGUAUCAUUAGUUUACCCUUUUGACAUUUUGAUGAAAUCUAAUUGUCCAAAAACUAAUCAAUCAAUACUGCUGAUUUUAAAAAAGCUAAAUGUUUGUUUUCCAAAAUGUCAACUGUAACUGUUAGCUUCUUUCAGUUAGUUACUGUUUAAUCAUGUGGUUUAUUAAUGUUAUAGACUGUGGUCUGGAUUAUGUGCAACUUUAUUUGUGAAUGUGUGUUUUGUACCAAAGGCUCUCAUGCAUAGAUUAACCUAUUUACAUGUAAAUAAGUGAGGUCUACACUGUGCCAAAAUGAGUGGAAUUAAAAGAUAGACUUGCCUAAAAGAAAUGUGCCUUGCUUGAUUAAACUUUUUUUUUUUACUCAAAAUGAUAGUGAUGUGAGUCUUAUAGGUAGCUGUUACCUGAACUUAACUUAAAAAAAAACAUGAGUAUUUAUUGCAUAUUUUAAGUUGUCUACUCAGUUAGCAUUUUAGCAUUUAGUUAUACUUUUCAAUGGUUCAUAUAUAUUCAUUCAAUUGAGUUUGGUGUGGUGAAACAAAGCACAUUCUUAAAGAUAUAUACAGUAUUUCACCUAAUGUUUAUAGAAUUUAUUUCAAACUUCUAUUUGAUUCAUUUCUAUUUUUAUAUAUUCUUUUCACUUAAAAAAAAAAAAGCAGUUUUAACUGGUAAAGAGAUUUAGGAGGUUAUGAAGAUGAUUUCCCAUUUGGGAGACAUUUCACUUCUGUGCCAUUAUUAAUGUAUUUACUGUGACAUUUCAGCAGAAUGGUAGCUAUUUGUAUAUUAUUUAAUAAGCCUUAACUGUGAACAUUUAGAAUCAGGAAGACUUGCUUAAUUUUUAUAUUUUAUUUAAAAAAUAUACCUGAGCAAAGGCAUAAGUAGCCAGUGGCCUGAUGUUCAAAAUGCAUAACCCUGCCAACAGUGUUAGUAGGUUACUAUCAGAAUAUUUCCCUAGCAAAGCCAGUUUUAUUAUUCUUUCCCAUGCCCUACAGAAGGAAAUUCAGGUGAGGAAUAUCAUUGUUAGUUACUAUAUAAGAAUCAGUAACUGAAAUGAUCUUAAUACCUAUCUUAAGAAAAACAGAUGGAUAGGAGAUAUAGUCCAGGUAACUUUCUUUAAGGCAAUGUCUACAUUGAAUAUUUUCAUAAACUUCAGGUGAUUUCUCUGUGGUAAAAAUUAGAUCAUAUUAUUCUAGGGAAAAAAGUGAAAUAAAAGAGUGGCAGAUUUGAGUUAUAUGAACCUCCAGUCAGGAUGACUGUUGAUUAGAGUGAAAAUGUUAUCAUCACAGUGUUUUCCUUCUUUGUUAGCCCUUGUAGUGACACACUGACCCAGAGAAUGGUCGGUCAUUUCCAGCAAACUUAAUACUUGUGACUGAUGGUCACAGCCUGGUCAACAGUAAAUUAAUUCACAUCAGCUGCUGGAAUGAUUUAGACAAACCAAUCCUGUAGGAUAUCUUAGACAUUCAGAUGUAUUAGGCAAAACUAGUAGGUGUUAUAAAAAUAAACACAAGAGCUGCCUUCAUUAAGCACCAGUAACACAACUUUUGAGUAUUACAGUAUUUAACAUCCAUGUUUUAUUAUCAUUGCUACAGUUCUAAAUAAAAACAAAGCCUGGACUUAAUUAAUAAGAUGAUAGUAUGGAGUAUGGCACAAAUAAGUAUAUUGUCAUAUCAAGUGAGUAGUAAAUCAGUAUUCGUCAGUCUAUCAGGAGACCAGGAUUCUUAACCACUUUGUGCAUGUGGGGCCUAGAAAGGUCACUUACUAUUGAUGAGCUCUAGUUUACACAAUCUCCAAAUGGUGUGUUGAGCUAACUAAGCACCAAAGCUCUUUCCAGCCCCUAAAUCCUUAUUAGACACCUUUGAAAAGGCUGUGAAGAAUACUCAAGCACUUGGAUUUUCUUAUGAAUUCCUGAAGGGAAGAAAAAAGAAUGAGGACGUGAGGACGUAAGCCUUGAGAAUAUCGUAAAUAUAUCAUCCUUCAACUUGAUUGUGAAAAGAGAAAAUAGGUUUUUUUUUUUUAAUUUCCUAAGAAUUGUCAUUGGUCUGUCAGAGGAUUCAAAAUAAGUAGAAAAAUAUCACUCUGCAGAAUGGAAACUGGUAAGUCAAACAGCUGGAUUAGAGAGCAGGUUAUUUUCUUAAUCUGGUUAGAUGCUAAAGCUAUAUGAAAUUGUAUAUUAAAUGCUAAAACACCACCAGAGCAUUGAUGCACAUUUGACAUUAUAAUCUUAGAAAUUGGAGAAGGGAAGGAAAAAAUUAGAAGAAGGGGAGUGUCUGCCUUAUGAUCUCUUGAUUCUUUUUGCACAAGAAGCAGUUUGGUAGCAAAUAAGUGGGUACCUGUGCUUUAGUGCUGGCUCUGUCAACAACUCAUGUGCCCUACUAACCUCUCUAAGCUCCAGUUCCAUUAACUAUACAGUGAAGACGUUAUAUUUACAUCUUUGAAAAUUCUACAACCUUUCAUAUACGUGUUAUAUGUACAUGUACAUGUUGCUCCCCUCUGGUCACUAAGAUACCAUCCUCUCUACCCCUGAGUCAACAGACUACAAAUCCAAAUGUUCAUACUUCUAACAUUCCCAGCUAGCCUCAGCAGGAAAGAAAAUGUUUUCAUGCUACUUUUAAUUUUGAUCAUUGUUUGCUUGUUAUGGUUUAUCAUUUCAUGUUUGAAUAUUGAGUUAGAUAUGUAAACAAGAUUUCUGUUCAAGUGAAUCUACCCUUUAAGUUUUUUGUUGUUUAAUAAAUACUUGACAAAUAAAAAUGAGAGGUACUGUGAUUACCAGUGAGUUGUAUCUUCUAAGGUACAUUUCUGCCACACUAGAAAGUCUUUGCCCUUUUGGUUCCAGAAGCAACGACUGUAAUUUAAAACAAUAUUCACAACACUUUGUGAAUACAAAUGUGGCCUGAUAAAGCCAUAUGGUGAUUAAUUUUGCUCAGGAGUGAGAAUUAAAAUUCAGGGAUAAUCUAGACACUUCUGUUUGACUUUAGUGGACAGUUUGGAAAGAAGGGUUAUGUAGCUUUUGCACAACGUAAAUAAGAUGUACCUAUAUCCAUUGAAAAACAAAAGUAUAUUCUGGUUGCUGGUUUUAUGAUAGAGAAGGGGUUAGAAAGAUACUAAAAUGUAGAAACUAGGUAAAUUGGUAAAAUGAUUAUCAGUCCAUUUGAAUAAUACAGAAAAUAUUUUGUCAUAUUGAGAUUAUUUGUUCGGAAGUGUAGUCUUAUAUCCCUCCAUUCAAAAGAGGGGGCAGAUUUUAAAGGCCUCAAAGAAAUGUAUAUUUUGACUAGUGGAGCAAUUCAUUAAAGCAUUCAAUCUAAUCAUUUGUUUUUGUGAAUCUGAAUUUUCACUUUAGGUGUGAGUCUCUUACAUAAGUGUGGGUGAUCUUUGUGAGAAGUAAUUCCAUUCAUUUUUCAUAGCUGAUGAAAUGUGCUGUAUUGUGAUUCUAGCAUAUUGUGUUGAUAGAGUAUCUUAUAGCAGUUUGUGAACUGAUCAUACUAAAGCAAAUCAUAGUAGUAUCUCUUCUAGUAAGUUGUUUUCAUAGUGUUACCUCUUAAUGCCAUGUUGGGAGAGGGAAGGUUAAGUGUUUAAUUUACUUAAAACUGUUAGAAUAUAUUUCCUAAAUGCCAUACAAUUGUAUGAUUAUAAACCAAAUACGAAUUUCCUCUUUUUACUUAAAUUUUAUUGUAUAGAUCAUUUUUAAACCACCCCAUAGAAGGGUAUGAUAUCUGUUAUAAAUUUUCCCAUAUGUUUCUACAAGAAAAAGUGAACACUGUAUGUGUAUCUCUGUGUAAUAUGUUUAAUGUUACAAUAAGAAUCCAUUUUGAAACCACAUACAUAUAGAUAAUAACUAUUGCAGAUGUUGAAUAACAAAGCACUUCAAUAUUUUGAUAGAAAUGUCUAAUAUAUAUGUAUUAUAUUUUAUAAUAUAAAGACCAUUCACACAUAUUUAAAUAUCCAUAUGAAGGAAUAAUACCAUCUGGAGUUUAAAGAUGAAACAACCAAGGUUUAGAAAGGUAAAGUGUAUUGUCCAACAUCAUAUCUCAGUAAAUGUCUCUAAAUUUAAUUUUCUUUAUGCUAGUGACCCUUUCAUGUUGCAUUUUUCCUUCUCAUUGCCAUUGUCUUUAGAACUUUUUACUAAAGUUCAAAUUGAAAUGAUGCACCAGGUUGAAAAUACAUAUAAGCUAUUGUUGCUGUGGCUGUCAGACCUCCUUAGACACUUUUAAAAUACAGUCCUUUUAGAGGAGGAUGUUCAAAUAAUACCUUUAUGUCUAAAUGCUAAACUAAAAAAAUUAUCUUCACUGACCUACCUACUUUAUUUAUUU